AUGACGUAUGAGGACAUCUUAGAUCUUUUUGGAAUCAUCAUCAUCAUCAUCAGCCUGCUCAUGCUGCGAUGUCUUCAGACUAUUAUUCUCGUCACAAUCGUAGCAGAGUAUGUACAUGCCUAUGAGAUCGACAAAGAGCAUCAGGGACCACAGCCCUGUGGAGGACGUUUGAAGGGUCCCGUGGGUACAAUCACUACUCCAAACUUCCCCAACCCCUUCCCCGUCCCGAUAAAGUGCAAGUGGAUAAUAGAGCACGAUAUAGUGAACGGCACCAUCUCGAUAUACUUCACGCAGCAGUACACCACCAGCGGGCUCACCUUCACCGAGUACAUGUACUACGAUGAGUCGUACAAGCUCGGGGAGCGGAGGGCGCUCACUCUUACUGAUGAGAACAUCACCAGGAUCAAAUGGCUUCAGAUAGAGGUAGAGAUAGAGAUAGAAGUAGAGAUAGAGAUAGAGAUAGAGAUAGAGAUAGAGAUAGAGAUAGAGAUAGAGAUAGAGAAAGAGACAGAGACAGAGAAAGAGACAGAGACAGAGACAGAGACAGAGACAGAGACAGAGACAGAGACAGAGACAGAGACAGAGACAGAGACAGAGACAGAGACAGAGACAGAGACAGAGACAGAGACAGAGACAGAGACAGAGACAGAGACAGAGACAGAGACAGAGACAGAGACAGAGACAGAGACAGAGACAGAGACAGAGACAGAGACAGAGACAGAGACAGAGACAGAGACAGAGACAGAGACAGAGACAGAGACAGAGACAGAGACAGAGACAGAGACAGAGACAGAGACAGACAGAGAUAGAGAAAGAGAUAGAGAUAGAGAUAGAGAUAGAGAUAGAGAUAGAGAUAGAUAUAGAGAUAGAGAUAGAGAUAGAGAUAGAGAUAGAGAUAGAGAUAGAGAUAGAGAUAGAGAUAGAGAUAGAGAUAGAGAUAGAGAUAGAUAUAGAGAUAGAGAUAGAGAUAGAGAUAGAGAUAGAGAUAGAGAUAGAGAUAGAGAUAGAGAUAGAGAUAGAGAUAGAGAUAGAGAUAGAGAUAGAGAUAGAGAUAGAGAUAGAGAUAGAGAUAGAGAUAGAGAUAGAGAUAGAGAUAGAGAUAGAGAUAGAGAUAGAGAUAGAGAUAGAGAUAGAGAUAGAGAUAGAGAUAGAGAUAGAGAUAGAGAUAGAGAUGCCUCAAACAAGGUCCUGGUAUAA